UCCUCUUCCCAAAAUACCCCUAUACCAUCCUUGCUUUAUGGCGGCCGCGUGCCGUCACUAACAAAGGCGUCGUUACGGGUGGCGGAAGAGCUUUUUUGGGCUCCUUUUUGACUCUUGGUGGAUUGCUUAGAUCAUUGGUUCUCUGUCCCUUUCUUAGCCUCUCGCCCAGAGGAAAAAAUGGAGAAAGUUUUGGUUUAGUGGGAAUUUCCCUUUCUUAGCCUCUCGCCCAGAGGAAAAAAUGGAGAAAGAUUCGGUUUAGUGGGAAUUUUCUGCGAGCCCGAUGGGUUGUUUGAAUGCUAAGAGUUUUUAAGCUGGGAUUCAGUUGAGUUCAGGGGUGGGAGAUGAUGAAGGAGAUUAUUUGGAUCUUUUUCCUUGGUCAAAAACAGCUUCAAAGCUGAUGGCUUUAAGAAGUUUUUCAUGCCCAUGAUGCUUGUAAUUAGUUCCCUUUUUUUUCUUCUAGAGUUAUAUCUUCAAUAAUCGGUCAUUGUAUAUUGGAAUCCGAAAGCAGAGCAGUAGUUCUCUGAAUUCUGAGUUUUUAAUGGUGAUUGAUGGCAUAUGUGGCUUGAAAUGGACUGAAAAAUGAAGAAAAAUAGAGGAGCUUCUACUGUUGUUUGGAAUCGAAUUUCAUGUAUAAAAGUAAUAUAUGGGGCCUUCAUUUUAUCUUGAGUGUAAAAGAUCUUGCUUUCGUUAUCAUUGGUUCUCUUCGUUGAAGGCUCCAAUUUGGAAUUUUUGAUUCAGAGGAGAGUGGAAUCAGGAUUUGGAUUCUAUACCUUUGGGACCAUGGGCAGAGGAGGUUUGGUUUGAGGCCAUUGCUUUUGCUUUGGAAAGGUGGGUGCCCCUACUGAAAGCUUUGCUUGGGCUGCGUUGGCUUUUAUUUGAUUAAAGGAAGGGGGAAGUUAUGUGGAGUUGGGUCUACGGUGGAAGAAAAGUUUCGAUUCCUUUCCCCAUCAGAGAACAAAAAUCAUCUCGGAUUCCAUAACUUUAGCUUUGAGAAGGGAGAAAGGCCUUGAAAUUGGAAGUUGAUUCUUUGUUAUCCUUCUCUUCCAGACUUGCUAUUGGAACAGUUCUUCCUUGCCAUUCUGAAUGGCCUUCAUAGUCUCGGCUUCCGAUCUUGUUUGAUGCUUCCAUAUUUUUUGGAGUGACCUCUCAACAAAAGCAGGAGCUUAGGGCCCACUGAUCCAUUAUGGGAAAGAGAUCUUACAAGCGAGCUGCACGGUCUGAAAAGGACAAUGCAGGCUGUAUGUGGGGUUUGAUUAGCAUGUUUGAUUUCCGCCGGGGUCAUUCAAGUCAGAAGUUGCUUUCAAAUAGGAAACAUGGGAGUGGUAGACGUGUUGGUAUCAGAUAUUCAAGAAGUGAACUUGACAAUUCUGAGGAGAAACAAGAAAUUGAAGAUGAUUUUGACGAAGAAAAAGAAGGAAUGGUUAAUUUGGGUAUGCCUAGUGUCAAAGAACUCAUGGAGGAAGAAAUGUCUAAAGCACAUUCCCCGAAGAAGAUUCCGAGUGAUGAAGUCGAACAGAUGCUGUCUGACUUGGGACAUAAUGUCCAUCUUGAGAAAAAACAUAAAAAAAGAAGCAAGAAUCAGAAAGUAAACUCAUAUCUUCAUGUCCAUGAUUUGAAUGCUCCUGCAAGCUUGGAUUGUCAUAUAAACUCAAUGGAAGGAUCUCUCAAUUUUGACUUAGCUGCAUUUUUCACAGAAUUCUAUGGUUACAAUGAUGGAUGCCAAGAAAGGCAUGCAGAUUGUAAAAGAAUGAUUGAUUCAAGUCCUUCCUUAAAAGCUGUUGAUCUGGGGAAGCAUUAUCAUCAUGACGAACCUGAUUCCCAAAUUGAACAGAAGAAAUCUAUUCUUCAAAAGGCACUUGGUAGAGUAGCAGAGGCUAUUUUAAAUCAGAAGCUUGUUGAAGCAGAACAACUUACCGGCAACAGGGGAGCCCAGUCUGAAGAGUUCAUCAAUGCAGUAGAGAUACUGAAUUCGAACAAGGAAUUGUUAUUAAAGCUAAUUCAGGAUCCAAAUUCAGUUCUGUUAAAACAUAUUCAAGAUAUUCAGAAUGCUCAAAUUGGAAAAAAGUUUCAGCUGAAGUCUUGUCAAAACUUGGAAGAAAGUGAAUUGCUAGAAGAAGAGAUUGGCAGUUCAGUUCAAUGCGAAGAAUCUGCCAGUAAUAAACCUUUUCACAAACGAAACAGACAUAAGUUCUUUAGAAACAAGGAUCAGUCAACAGGGACAGGGCCACCGGAGGGAAAUGCGAGUUCCCAGGAUUUAAAUAGGAUAGUGGUUCUGAAGCCCAGUCCAGCCAGAAUUCAAAACCCCUCAAUCAUAAUCAGUCCAAGCUCUUCCCCACAAUCACAUCAUAGCUUGAAAUGUCAAAAAGAUGGUCAAAGAGUCGUUUCUCAUUUUUCUCUGAAAGAAAUUAAAAGAAAGUUGAGACGUCUCAUUGGUGAAAGCAAAAGGGAGCAUCAUUUGAUCUCCAUGGAUAGUGUUCUACACAAAAUUUCAUCUGGAUCUAAAUCUUCAGGUGAUACAGGUAAACAGAUUGCUGGGGAGAGUGAAGUCACAAGUUUGGCAAGUAAAACUUCCUGCAAUACUGAUAGUGGUUCCCAAUCCUCAGCCAUUUCCAAGAAAACAGACAAAAAGAUCAGGCCCAAGGAAUGCCAACUUAAUGUCAAGAGUGAUGUUACUUUUCGGGGGGUUGGAUCUUUCUUCUAUGAGGAGGCCAAGAAGCAUCUUGCUGAGAUGCUACAUACUGGAGAUCAAAUCAAUAAUUUGCCAAGCGAACAUGGCUCAAAAUCCAUAGGAAGGAUACUUUCUCUGCCAGAAUACAAUUUGUUAUCUCCUAGAGAUGGUCCUGCAAGUGAAAAGGAUCUUGACUUGUCACCUAAACAGACAAGAUUGUCCUCGUCACGACAGUUCAAACAAGAAGAUGCUGCCAGCCAUUUAAGCCCAUCGAGACAGAAUUCCAAAAGUACAGAAUGCAAUGCUAGCAAUCCAGUUGAUGAAACCCAAGUUCUUGAGUCAAAUCCAGAACUCAUUGAUACACAAACGCACGAGGAAAAUUGCAUAGGGGAAGCUUUAAACCCCAAAGAAACUGUGCUAGUAGCAGAUGCCAGCUUGGAAGGGUGUAACCAUAUGGAUGAACUUUCAGAAUCAUGUAGCACGGAACCCAUUGCUAUUGGUGAAAGACUUGAUGUUAGAGGACUGGAGCUGGGUUCCUUGUUAGAGAAACCACAACAAUUGACCCCAUCUGUAUCUAUCUUGCCUAGCUCUUAUGAGAGCAUCAGUGAAAAGCUAGACCGCCCAAGUCCCGUAUCUGUUCUUGAACCUUGCUUCUCAGACGGUACUGUCAGUCCUGCAAGCAUGAUGGUUGAACAAACUGAGUUGCCGAUACAACCUCAAGAGUUACAUUUUGAAGAACAUGAUAUUUCGUCCGUGGUUCUAACAUCAUCUAAUUCUGAAGUCAACCAAAGAUUUCAUUUGGAUGACAAAGAAGCAAGGUUUGAAUACAUAAAAACUGUUUUGGAAAUCUCGGGCUUAAGCAUGGAUGAACUUUUGAAGGGAUGGAAUCUGAAUGAUCAAUUUCUUGAACCAUCUUUGUUUGAUGAAGUGGGAACCUCAUACGGUCAAUUACAAAACAAUCCAAAGCUUCUCUUUGAUUGCAUUAACGAAGUUCUCAUGGAGAUGCAGGAGAGAUUUUUCAGAUUCAACCCAUGGGUAUCUUUUAUCAAGCCUAAUGUUCGGCCAGUCCCAGUAGAUGGGGACUUUAUUCAAGAAGUGAGCAAAGGCAUUGAUUGGCAUCUCUGCAUGCAGUUUCCGAGCACAGUAGAUCAGAUAGUGCGGAAAAACUUGGAUUCUGGAACUUGGAUAAACCUCCGGUUUGAAACUGAAGACAUUUGGAUUGAGAUUGAAUAUACCCUCUUAGAUGAUUUACUGGAAGAAACUGCAUAUGAAUUCUGGUUUGAACCUUAAGCUUGCUAAGGGGCUUGCAUUUUUUAGAAUUGAAGAUAAACGAGCAAGUGCAUCACAGCUAAUACGAUACAAAUAAAGUUUUUUUUUUCCUGCUGAACAUCAUUUACUUCUGUGAUCUGGGAAAAGAAGGGGAGGGAAAUAGUUUUGCCUUUUUAGUGAAGUAUGGUUGUGGAUUUGGUAGGCUAAAUAGGAUUAUUUUUCUCAUUUCUUGUAUGUUAUCUACUGUAUCAGUCACAGGUAUGAUGCAAGAAAAUAUCCAAGUUUAACAUUUACUGCUAAUUCAAGGUUUAUUUUUAACUUGUGGAGAUGAAUGGAGUUUGUAGUAUAUGUAAGUUUUCAUCACUUGUACUGCUGCAAAUAACCUGGAAAUGUAGCCAUCAGCUGACGUCUUCUAUUUAUACAGUGGUUUAUUAGAAGUUCUACAAUGCUGUGAUAGCUUUCAGUGGCAAAUUGGUGAUGGGCAGGCAAUCAGAGUACAAGAGAAUCCUUGGAUUACUUGUCUACCCUUUAAACAACGGCCUGCAUUUCUCAAUAUGUCCACCAUGCUGAUAAUUUAACUGUAUCAAAUCUUAUUGAUAGUUCUGGAAAAUGGGAAGUCAACCUUCUGCUUGAGUUUCUAUCUGUGGAGUUGGUACACAGAGUUUUGUCUCUUCCAAUUCCAAGACAUGCUUCUGAAGACGCACUGGUGUGGAGCAGAACUGGGAGUUCUAAAUUACAGGCUCAUGAUAUUUACAACUCCAUGAGCAUAAUAGAUCAGGCUCCAAUGAUUUAAAAUUCUCUUGCUUAUGGAAGUUAAGUGCUACUCCUGGAGUUAAGCUAUUCCAGUGGAAGAUCAUGUGGUAUCGGCUUCCAUGUAAGUUUCCAGUUGCUCCAAGAAAUUUGAUUAAUUUAGUUCUGGUCACUUUUGAUAUUUGCCAUGAUAAAAUUGAGGAUAUUGAGCAUGUUUUGAUUAGCUGCCUGUUUGCUAUGGAUACUUGGAAGCAUUUAUCCACGAAAUAUAGAUACCUAAUUUUCCUA